CUGCUUCGUGCCGGUCAUACCGUCUGGUAUCUUCAGGCCAACAGCAUUUCAUCUCGACCUCUGGCGCCCAUCCCCCGUCGCGUCAAACUCCAGCGCUUGGUGGGGAGUUCCUUCUGCCAUAGCAAAAGUCCGGACCCAGUUAUGUCGGCAAUCCUCGCGCGUACCUGAGAGUUCCCAUCCAUACUAUUUGUAUCCAAUCCCUUCCUCACCGACCGCAAGCCGUUCACCUUCCGUAUCUGAUACGGAAACUUGUCGCGCCGGAUACAAAGACCAGAUCCUCAACUAUAUAAGGCCGUUACCACCAGCAUCUGGUCCGUGUAUCCUCAUACCAUGUCCGAACCUACCCCCGCUGGAGCUGCCCUGAGCAAUGGCUCCGAGAGCACCAGCACACCAAAUGUCAAUAUUGGAGACAACGCGUCAGGGCUCUUUGAAACGCUGCAAGGCCAUGUCGACGAUAUCCGUUCUCUCCUACAAUGCGGCGUUUGCAUCCGACCACUUUAUGAACCCUACACCCUUGCCUGCGGACAUACCUUUUGUUAUAGUUGUUUAACAUCAUGGUUUGUCGGUGGGAGGCACAACAAGACAUGCCCGGACUGUCGAGCACCGGUGAAAGCGCAACCUGCUCCCGCAUACUUGGUCCGCGCUGUUGUUCAAAUGUUCACAAGUCGCCCGGAGCUGCUUGAUAAGGGCGAGACCACAGUCGAACACCUAAAUCAUCAACGCGAGGAAGCGGAACGACUGGAAAAAGACAAAACAAAUACACACCCGCGGGAGGGGGGACUGUUCCGUGGUACGUUCAACAAGAAGACUCCAGUCGCGCAACCUAUCGUGGACCUCGAGGACAAUGUUGUGCGUUGUCCACGUUGUUCGUGGGAGCUAGAGGAAGAUGAAGGGUGUGCACAGUGUGGAUAUCGACAAGAUGACGAGUCUGUGACUGGCAUUUCGGCCUGGAGUGAGUCAGACGAAAAUUCGGAAAUGACGGACUACUUGGAUGACGAUGAUGAGAUUGAAGAUGGAUUUGGAGACGCGGACGAAUAUGGUUGGGACCCCAACCAUGACCACUUGCCCCUUGAUAUACAACCUGCCGACAUAGAUCAACUUUAUCGUCAAUGGUAUGGCCUAGCUCCUGGCGACCUUCCGAACAUGCGUGCAAAUGGGCAUUUCCGCCGGCAGAACCAUUAUGACUGGCCUUCUGGAAUUUCGUCAGCUCUCGAGGAAGAUAGCGACAUGGAUGAGGAGGAUGAGGAUGCGGACAUGGAUUCGUUCAUCGACGAUGACUUGGAACACGAUGAUUAUUCCGAAUCUGACCGAUCCACGGUAGUUGGGCGGCAUGAGAUCUCGAUCACCCACACUAUCGGAACUGACCUGUCAACCUUUGAUGAGAUGUCUGAGGAAAGCCUGGACGAGGAGAGCCUGGAUGAUGAAAGUCAUGAUGACGACGACGAUGAUGAUGACGACGAUGAGGAUCCGAUUCUGCCGCCUGCAGGUGGCAUGCGGCGCAAUCGCAUCCAAACCUACCGAAUACAGUCGAGUUCUCCAUCUUGCGAGAAUGGGACUUCUGGUACAGUCUCAGGACGCAGUGAAUCCAGAUCUCAAGCAGGAUUCCGCAAUGAUCGACGGCUCCCACAGCAAGUGUCCGCCGGGUCUACUGUUAUGGAUGCAAUCAGCGUGGAUGACGAUUCUGACGAAGGCCCCGUGCGACCAACUAGGCGGACAAGAGACAGGGGCCGUCGCCGCCCCUCAGCCUACUAAAGCGCUCCGACAUCUCAUCUACGAUUCCAAUGACGAUUGAUAUUACUUCCUAAUGAUCCAUUAUCUGCGACUUCCCCUGAUUCUGCGGUGCUAGUUCACCCAUCCUUGAGACCCCCAAAGGAAUUAUACACUUCUAUAUUAGGCCUGCUACAUACACACGAACCGCCGAGCUGGCGAUUUGAUAUACGACCACGGAGAAAAUACGAAGUCGUGUGCUAUUCUACUUGCAUCAUCCCCGCGACCAAGGCUUAAACUUCCCUCUCAGGCCAUUUGAAAAUACCCCUGUUUUCGAUCUCUUGUCUCUUGCUGCUCAUUCAAUACCUUGGGUAAAGGUCGUUUCCAGGCGACGUUCGGUUUAUCAUGACAUUUCUGUUCAAGAGCACUUGUAUCAUCAAGCAUCUUAUGGCAUAGUCUUCUGUUACUCUUCUUCUUUCCCGCUUUACUAUCAUUCUAGAUUGCAGGAAAUGACAAUCUCAUUGAUUGAGA